CCUCCAUUUUGCCCCUACCGCGCACUGCUAGGCCGCCGCUGUUGCCCACGCCCACGCCCACGCCCACUGCCCGCGCGCGAGCCAGGCCAGCUAGCUGCUCUGUUCAGGCGCCACGCCGCCAUGGCAACCGUGAGGCGCCGUCGCGGCCGUGCACUGCGCGCGGUCCUCCUGCUGCUCGCCACGCUGCCGGCGGCGACCCUCGCGCCGGCCGGCGGCGGCUCGGCGGCGUUCCUGGAGGACGGCAUGACGGUCCUCGGCGCGGUGGGGGCGGCGGCGAAGGUGGGCGGCGGCGGCAAGGCGCAGGGCAGCGCGAACGCGAACGCGAGCGGGACGCGGCCGGGCGGGGGCGGCAGGUACUACCUGGGGUGGAAGGAGGAGAUCGCGGCGCUGGCGGGGCGGCCCGAGCUGGCGGCGUGGCUGCGCGGGGUGCGGCGCCGGAUCCACGAGCGGCCCGAGCUGGCGUACGAGGAGGUGGAGACCAGCCGCCUGGUCCGCGACGAGCUGGCCGCCAUGGGCGUCGGCUUCCGCCACCCGCUCGCGCGCACGGGCGUCGUCGCCACGCUCGGCACUGGCCGCCCGCCCGUCGUCGCGCUCCGGGCCGACAUGGACGCGCUGCCCAUCCAGGAGGCCGUGGAGUGGGAGCACAAGAGCAGGAACCCCGGGAAGAUGCACGCGUGCGGGCACGAUGCGCAUGUGGCCAUGCUCCUCGGCGCCGCCAGGAUCCUCAAGGCCCGCGAGCACCACCUCAAGGGCACAGUGAAGCUUCUGUUCCAGCCGGCCGAGGAGUCCGGGUGCGGCGCGAAGCGGAUGAUCGAGGACGGCGCGCUGGAGGGUGUGGAGGCCAUCUUCGCCGUGCACGUGUCGCACCAGCACCCGACCUCCGUGAUCGGGUCCCGGACGGGGGCCCUCCUCGCCGGCUGCGGCUUCUUCAAGGCCGUGAUCCGCGGCGACGCGCGGGAUGAGCGGCGGCGGCGAUCCGCGGACCCCGUCCUGGCCGCGUCGUCGACCAUCAUCAGCCUCCAGAGCCUCGUCUCCCGCGAGGCGGACCCCCUCGACUCGCAGGUGGUGUCGGUGGCCGUGGUGAACGGGAGCGACGCCAGCGGCGGCGGCGGCGCGGCGGCGCCGCUGGUGCUGGGCGGCACGUUCCGCGCCUUCUCGAACGCGAGCUUCUACCAGCUGCGGCGGCGGAUCGAGGAGGUGAUCGCGGCGCAGUCGCGGGUGCACGGGUGCGCGGCGGCGGUGGACUUCUUCGAGGACGAGAGCUUCUACCCGCCGACGGUGAACGACGCGCGCAUGUACGGGCACGUGCGGCGCGUGGCGUCGGAGCUCCUGGGCGCGGGCAGCUACCGCGACGUGCCGGCGAUGAUGGGCGCCGAGGACUUCUCCUUCUACUCGCAGGCGGUGCCGGCGGGGUUCUACUACAUCGGGGUGCGGAACGAGACGCUGGGGUCCGUGCACACGGGCCACUCGCCCUACUUCAUGAUCGACGAGGACGUGCUCCCCACCGGCGCCGCCGUGCACGCCGCCAUCGCCGAGAGGUUCCUCGCCGACCACGCCUCGCUAACAGGCUCCUCGUCCCCCGACGACCUGGCCCAGGAACAGGAGCCGUGACCGACCCGGCACGGACAAUAGCGCGGCCGGCUAUCUGAUCGAUCGACCGAUCGACCAGCGCGAGGCCGCGCGCCCGCGGCUGCCGGCGCCGGCGCGGGCACGGUGGAGACUGAUGGUUCUGGCUGGCCAUCGCUCGGGCGUCUUGGGUGGUGGUGGUGGGGGUGGUUUCCUUUGCGGCGUGGUGUUGGAACGCGGGCUCGGAUUAGUUUAGUUUUUGUGGCCGUCGGGCUCGUGAUCGAUCGGCUGGCGAUCCGCGGCCGUGACGCGCCGGUGGGUUGGGGGUUUUCCCGUGUUCCGUUGCGUGAGCCAAGGAGCCGUGACCCGUGAGGGACGGGCGGUUUCGCGCGUGUAAAGCAAGUGUGGCGUUCUGCUGAUGGGAUACUGGGCUGUACGUACGUGUUUUCGCCCCAGCUGGGGGGUGUAUUGGGGAAUGAUCGGCGCUUCUCUUUUCUUCUUUGGCCCAUGAUUGUUUGGGCCUGAAGAUAAACUGAAUUGGUGGAACAGAGAUGUACUGGGCCUAAAGUUAUUGGGCGAGGAAAGCAUAGCCCAUUUUCCUGUAAGCACCAAAAAAAA